AUGGAUGGACUCUUCACCGAUCCCAACUGCAGCAGCCUGGUGCCGUGGUCCUCCUGGCUGGCGCAGCUGGGUGGCUUGGAUCUGGGCGCCUAUGGGGCAGAGCCCACAGCAGAGGGGCUCAAGGCACAGCAGGCUGAGGAGGCUGCAGUGCAGUUGGGGCUUGGACCCGAUGGCAGCUGCUUCUUGGGAAGCUCCACGCUGCUUUUGGCACAGGUUGUGGGUGCGUGGCGCCGUGGACGCUUCGUUGCGGCCCUCCAAACCUUCGCUGUGCUGCAUGACCACUUUCUGACGGCAGCUCAUCCUGGGUUCUUCCAGCACAGUGCAUGGCCGCUGAGUGACCAGGAUGUGCGCUUUUGGAAGGACCGUCUUCUCUACCAGAUCCGCCGCUUUCGGGAGAUCGUUGGCCGGCGCUUGGAUCAAGGAAUGAAGGCAUUGGAUGAGGUGCCGGACAUGGUGGAGAGGGAGAACCUUGGUGGCUUUGCCUCCCAUGCACUCCAGCAGAUGCAGCAGCGCAGGACAGGGCGUAAAGGCAAUCUCACUCUUCGAGUUCCUUGGGAGCUUGCUCCUGCAGCUGCAUUGAUCCCCAGUUUGCCUCAAGUGGUGCAACCUGUUCGCGUCUAUGUCUAUGGGGAGUCUGAAGUCGAGGCCAUUGGGAAGCUCACACGGUCGCCGGCCUUCUGCCACUAUCGGCAGUGGGGAAUGGACGUGGGCUUCCAUGACUUCUUCCGGACCUCGCCCAUCCGCACCUUCGAGCCAGAAGAAGCGGACUACUUCUUUGUCCCAAGCUACGCGUGCUGCCAUCAGGUGGCAGGCAUGGCGGAUUUUGACGACUUGGACGCGGAUCAUGAGGCAGUGGUGUCUCAGCUUGCGUAUUUCCAGCAGAGUGGUGGCAGAGAUCAUAUCUUUUCCUUCCACUACAUCGACCUCUUCCCUUCCUGGCGAAAACAGAUCCCGAAGAGCGUCAUUUUGACUCCUGAGACGGAAGUGGGCUUUGAGCGGUCCCUUGGGGACUUUGGCUUGGAUCAAACCCGCUUCCCGCCCUUCAAUGCUUUGAAAGACAUCGUGGUACCACCGUAUAUUAACCUGCGAGACAUUCUGGGCUUUCACCGCCACAGCAAGGCCAUGCGCUCGCGGUCCUUCGUGGCGUCCUUUGCCGGGAAGCUCUGGGACUCGGAGUCGGUGGCCGAGGCGGCAAAGGUGCGGAGCCAGGUGGCUGCGCUGGGGGAGGCCCCAGGGUUUCGAAUACAUGGUUAUGCCAGCAUCAAAGACAUGCUGAAUUCAGAUGGCAUGCAGAGGUUAAUGGGUGACAGCAUUUUCUGCCUUGUGCCUCGUGGCCGCGCUGCGUGGUCGGUGCGCUUCUUUGAAGCCCUUUGGGCUGGCUGUGUGCCAGUACUGCUGUCGGAUCAUUAUCAGCCGUCCUUCGACCAGCUGUUUGAUGCGACACAGUUCGUCAUCAAGUGGCCAGUGUCACGCAUCGAUGAGUCUUUGGUUUCCUUCUUGACCAGUCUGCCUUUGGAUGUGGCCGAACGAUACGCCGCCAACGCGCGCAACGUGCGAUGUUGGUACCUUUAUCCACCACCAGAGGUGUCGUGGAUUGGCGACUGGCAGACGCGGCAUGAGCUGGAGGAGGUGGAGAAGCAUGUCUGUCCCAACCUCUCCUCCUCGCGGAAUGCCUUCCAGGCGGUCGUGGAGAUCUUGGCUCGUCGCAAAGUGGCCAGCAGGGUCAGGCCUGAAGCCUUCUACAUCCCGAACCCUGAUCAGAACUUCGAAGCCUGUCAGCAAAGUUGUGCAACUGCUUCAGAGCAUGAAGGCUAUGGGGUGCAGCUGGAGACUGAAGCAGCCGAGGAGGCAGAGCUGAUGGAGAAGCACACCUGUUGGUGCAAGGAGAAUGGGGAAGCCAAGGAGAAGGCGAUUCUCGAGGCGCAGGCCCACAUCGAGGAAUGGGAGGGCCGCAUCACCGAGCUCGAAGCGAUUAGUUCACGCCUGGAAACGGAAAUUUCGACCCUGCAAGAAGAGGUCGACAAGAACCAGGCUUCCUUUGAUGAAUCGGUUGGGCUUCGCAAGAAAGAAGUGAUCAAGUUCCAGGAAGAAGAGACAGAGCUUUUGAGUAGCCUGGGCGCAGUGUUCACCUGA